AUGGGGGACAAGGGCGCGACACGAGGGUUCAUAACGACGAUCGCGCAGGGGCUGCCCGGGAAGUGGUUCCUCGUGGUGUCCACGGCAUCGCUCUCCUCUGGUGCCAUCUCGCCCUCCUUCCUCUCCUGGAACGAGUUCCAAGAGUGGUGGUGGCCGCAGCAACAUCAAAUCGUGGCCGUGGGCUACGGCUGCAACGUGUGGCGCGCGGCGUACGCGUCGCACGUGUUCGCGCUGCAGACGUGCAACUUCUUCCCGUCCUUCGACGCGGCCUCUAAGUACAUCGUGCGCCAGUCCGAGCAGGGCCUGCGCGUCACCGCGCUCGCGGCGGGCGCGGGGCAGUGGUUCGUCGUCAUGAGCAAGGGCGGCGCCAUGCCCGCGCUCUCGCAGGGGCUCGUCUGCUCCACCAGCCUCGCGGACUUCAUCCGCACCUUCCAGCGGAGCAGGUCACUCAAGUUUGUGGUGGUGAGGCAGUCGUCUGAUAACGCCCUGGUGCUGAAUGCUCUAGAGGAUUCGUACUCCAUACUGGCUGUUGCGUCAUCGCCUACAGCCACUCUUGUGGCCCUGAUCAAGCCAGCGUUGUACCGCAGUCAAGUAGCCUACCACUGUGACGGAUCAGGCUCGUCCAACGGGUGGAUCGUGAACAACAUCAGCGACCGCACGCCGUGCUGGUACUCACAACUCACACUCGACUCGCCCGCACACCGCCAGGAGUUCGCCCUGCAGCGCACUGUCCUCGCGUCCUCCUCCGCUGCUCUCUUCCGCCGCCCCACGCCCCCGACGCCUUCAGCGCAAACCCCGGCUCUUGGGACCGGAUAA